AUGGCGCCCCUGUUACAGUAUUACCUCGUCCGUCCGGCCAACAAAAUGCAGACCGCUUCAGGCUACGUCAGGAUCCCCGAGUCCAAGGUUCCAAUGAUACCUGUUGACAUCCUUCCUGAGUGGAUCGAGAUAGUCGGACUCCCUCGCUCGCUCAGAGACGACCAUGCCGUCGGCCUCACCAGCUUGGGCCACAUCGAACAGCCACAGGAUACGCUCGAGGUUAGGAUUCACAGAGUCGACCCGUUGGUGCACCGCAGAGCCGUGCCACAUGCCCAUGCAUCCCAUCUAUCUUCGGGACGCAUUGGCGCUUCGAUCGCGAACAACAUGGAGCUCCACAAGAGGGAGCCGGUCAGAGUGGUGCCAAGCGACCAGCUCAAGACAACGACGUUGGGGGAAUUGAAAAAGCAGCAGCCAAGCCAUGCCAACCAGAUUAUUCACACUGCGGCCGAAGAAGCGCCCGCCUCGUCAAAGCAUGGUCCCGUAGCCGCGCCAAAUGAUCUAUCGAGCCCAGUCCACGCACGCCCUGAUCUCUCUGUCAAGAUGACAACCAAGGCCGGCAGUGUGCCUGCAGCGUCAUCUUUCCAGGAUCAACAGCCAUCCAGUAGAGGACUACAGUUGUCCGGCAAUGAGCACAUGCGGAAGUCGAUGCAUGGGUCGAGGAAGAAGACGAAAGUUCCUGGAGCCCGUCGGUUCUGUCAUCACUGGUGCCAUUAUGGAGUGUGCAAGUGGGGUGCUGAAUGCCACUACCAUCAUGCGAUGCCAGCGACCCGCGAGGGCCUACGAGAGGUCGGGCUCAAGGAUUACCCCCGAUGGUGGGCGGAACUCUCGGGCCGGUCGAUGGGCAGCAGCCAGGACGACCGUACGGGGCAGAACGCAGCAAGGAAAAAGACACCCUCAGGACUGGAGACGAGGCCACACGAACCAGAACUGCAACGCCAGCCUGUGAGCAGAUCCAGGCGCGUGGUCACGGAGGAUGUCGUGCCUCGGGCUGCAAACCCGUCGGAGGAACUGCCACGGCUGCGGCAUUCGGGCGGUUCAGGGAUGGCACAUCAGGUGAUGCAGCCUCCAGCCGCGAGUUCUUUGACAGAGGGGAAGAAUGUUGUCCAGAAAGAUGGACGCCGGGAGCCGGCUACUCUAACCCAGAAGCUCGUCGAUCUUGACUGA